AUGGCUCUUCCAAAACAAUUGUCCCCAAUCUUUUGGGCUGAUAAAAUUUUCACCUUGACAUUGGAGUUAAUUUUAUUUGCUUUAUUAUGCUUGGUAUCCCUCGUUGAAGGAAAGGGGCUCAAAGUUCAAGAUAAACCAACCGUAAAAAAAGCAUCUAUCGAUGAAAAGCAUGCUAAAAAGGACAAAUCAAAGAAAUUGAAAAAGGACAGAGCAAUCCCAGAAGUUGUCAAUGAUUCUAGUCAAACUGUGACUCACAUCUCCCCAGGGUCUAAAACCGCGAAUAUUAUCACUGGUACUCUUUCAGAAUUGAAACCGGACAGCGAAACGUCUGUUUCAAGUGAACCAACUGUACGUGACGUUAAAGUAACUGAGAACAUUCUUAAAGACGACACCACUACUUUUGGUGAACUGAAAGAGAAGAUAGCUUUAAUUAAAACUAAUGAGUUAAACAUUAUACCUAUUGAAUUCCAUUGGCGACAUGGCGGAAACAGAGUUUUCGUUACUGGUGAUUUUGAUAACUGGCAAGCAACUGCUCAUGAAAUGCAUUUUUCACCUGAAACAAAUGAUUUCGUUGCUGUUGUUGAGAUUGACCGCACUAAACAGCAUGAAUUUAAAUUUGUGGUUGAUGGAAACUGGCGACAUAAUGAUGAUUUACAAACUCGUUAUGAUGAAC